AUGUCUUAUAACAACAGAGUUGCCCAUACGUAUGAUGAAUUGCGUGAUCUUUAUUGGUCUCGCGAUCAAAUCAUCAGUGGUGAGGCGGGCCCAGUGAGAGGGAGAAUACCUGAGGAAUAUGAACCAUCUCUUGCGUCAGGAGAACAUUAUUCAUAUCCUUCCUCACAUUUAUCUCAACCUCUUGCAUCAGGAAGCCACUAUUCAUCAGGGAAUUAUGGACAAAACUCAAACGCCGGACAAUAUGGACCUACAUUUGACAACCUAAAUAUUGCCCAACCUCAACCACAGACCGCGCAAUACUUCCAGCAGUAUAGUCCACCGCCACCAUCCAUAAAUUCAAGUGAUCUUAACCCAUCAAUCAUAAAUCCCCAGGAAGUUCAAGAUUAUGGUAGUCUCGCGGCUGCUCAUAAUUACGCUCAGCGUCAGCAAGGUGCUCGCAAUUUUGUUGAAGAUCAAAGACAGCUCUCUCCGCCUACACGGGGGCCUUCUUCCAUCUACGCCCAGACCCCAGGCUCACCAGCAACCUUCGAACAGCUACAGACUGAGAUACCUGGAGCAAAGUACAUUCCUCUUAAACCUGAUGAACCACCCUAUGGAGUAUGGUCUACUGUUCCUUGGGACUCAGGAUAUUUUCCGGGUUUCAAGAAAACCCAUCCCAAUAAGGGUGUCGUGGCUGAUCUGUGGAUAGAUACAUGGCAGGGUGAAGAGGGCUGUGAGGAUGAACGGAUAUGUCUUAUGUUUGAUCAUGUGGACUUAUAUCGACUAGCAUACAUCACUACAGUUCAUCUGGGAGCAGUGCACAGACCUGACACCAUAGUUGAAGGUAUGCAAGGAACAGGGCCUGGGGGGAGUGAUCAGGUAAAUACGCUUGGUGACAUAGUGGCGAUACUCAAUAAAGCCGGCAGACCACCAGGCUUUGGAGGAGUAACUCAUAGGCGACCAAACGCCUUCACUGAGGAGCAAGUGAGGCGCUUGUUCGGCAUCAUGGCCAAUAAAAACAACAUUAACCGUGGAAAAGCAUUCAGGUCUGUGGAGAAAUGGGCGCUAAGUUCUCUAUGGUCUCCUCGACUGGUUCUUCGCAACGUGCCAGAAACGAUUGUGAAUCAUUGGAAACACACUUAUGAUAGUGCCCUGAGGGAUAAAGGCCUCCGAUGGGAUUGGCGAAUCAAAGAGUUCAUCUAUGUAGAAACUGUUGAUAGCAAAGGAGACGCGCAAUGGACAUUGGAGUCUAAUGCAUAUGAACCAGGCAGUCAACCUUCAGGGUCAACGUCAAAAGAACAACAACCUGGGCCAGCAAAAUAUUUGAGACGAGACACUCAAGGAAAACAUUCCAGAGAUUCGACUUCAAGCUCCUCGCAUAGGCACCGUCACUCAAAGUACUCUAAACGAGAUGAGGAGCAUAAAGACAAGGGAAAAAAGGCACCUAAAUAUUAUUUUGAGGACGAAGGAGCGUAA